AUGGUAAAAUCAUGCUUUAAGAAUCCAUUCGCAAAGGCAAUUAGCCAAUCAUACAGAUCUCUCUUGACAAAAUCCAUAAAACGCAUCGUUAAUACAACAUCUACUGGCGUUGAUGUGGAAAUCCAUGGGUGGGUGAAGUCUGUACGCAUGCAAAAGAAUGAUUCUUUUGCCGAAAUUAAUGACGGCUCAAGUUCUCGAGGAAUCCAAGCAAUUCUCACAAAGGAACAAGCCAAAGAGUAUGAUUUCACCGAUCAACAGAACAGAGAAUUGCAAGCGGACCAGGUCGAAAUAUUGGGAAAGUGUGAUGCAGCUACGUAUCCUCUACAAAAGAAACACCAUAGUUUUGAUUUCUUGAGAGAAAUAUCACAUCUUCGUCCAAGAUCAAAUACAUUUUCUGCUUUGGCUCGAGUUAGAAACGGUGCGAUAACCGGAUUCGAAACAUUUUUUCAACAAAAUGAAUUCUUACACGUACAUACACCAAUUUUGACGGCAUCAGAUUGCGAAGGAGGAAGCAAAGUUUUUAAAAUAUCAACUGAUUGUUCCACUAGUCAGCAACAAGAGUAUUUCGAUAGGCCGGUAUAUUUGACCGUGUCCGGUCAACUUCAUGCAGAAAUUAUGGCAUCAUCUCUAUCACGCGUAUACACAUUUGGGCCUGUAUUUCGGGCAGAAGAAUCUGUCACCUCAAAACAUUUAGCUGAAUUCUGGAUGCAUGAAGCGGAAAUAGCAUUCAUAACGAAAUUAGAUGAUUUAUUAGAAUUUACCGAAGAAUGCAUUCGUGCUACGACUACACACGUUUUAGAAAACUUAUCGACCGAUAUUGACUUUUUUAAAAAAUGGAUAGAUAAAAGUCUAGAGACUCGUCUUGAAUCUUUGAAUAAAGCUCAGUUUAUACGAAUGCCAUACGCAGAAGCUAUCGAUGUUCUGUCAAACUCAAAACAAGAAUUCGACUUUACACCAAAAUACGGGACUACACUCAAAAGUGAACAUGAAAAAUUUUUGGCAAAUGAACAUUGUCGAGCGCCUGUAUUUAUCACAGAUUACCCAAAGUCAAUUAAACCAUUUUACAUGCGUGUGAAUAACGAUGGGGAAACGGUCGCGUGCUUUGAUUUGUUAGUCCCGAAAAUCGGAGAACUUGUGGGCGGUAGUCUACGUGAAGAAAGAUAUGAACAACUCGAAUCCCAGAUGAUUGAGAAUGGGUUGUGUCUUGAAGAAUAUCAGUGGUAUUUAGAUUUGAGAAAAUACGGGAGUGUGCCUCAUGGUGGUUUUGGGAUUGGAUUUGAUCGUUAUUUACAAUUCGUCACUGGAAUUGAUAACAUUCGUGAUGUCGUAGCGUUUCCUCGAGCUGUGGGCCAAUGUAGAUUUUAA